AGAAGUCAAUGUGCACUCCCCUGCGCGCCUCCGCUAGAAUAUUCGCCAUUUUGUUUCGAAGAUAUGACCGAGUUUUUCCUGCUUUAGCUUGUAACAGGCUAGCUUUUGAAUUGAUGUACUGUAGAGGACAUACAUAGAUAUUACGCGUAAUAAUAUUGAAUAUACAAGGUACACAUGUGAGGCCUGUCCGUUGCUACGUCGCAAGAGAAUAAUAUCCGUGUCACCAGGUUGACAGAUACUUUGCUCAUACUGCUCGUCAGCCUGAACCAUCAAAACAAAUCACAUUUGGCUAGCUCGCUAACUAACGUUAGCCAUACAGACGAGUGGAUUGCAAACUUUGAACAACACGGUUAUGGUGAGCCUUUCAGUGUGUUGUGUACUAAGGAUGCCUGUGUUCUAAGAGGAGACCCAUGCUGAUAAAUGCCAGGUCUCGCCACGCUCUCUGCCGUCUGCACAAACACAAAUGCCUGCCUGUCUGAGGGAGAUCUGAUUAAAGAUACCCACAUUUCUUCUACUGGGCUGUGUCCCCUGUCCAAGCAGCCACCAUGUUCUGGAAGUUUGACCUGCACACCACGUCCCACAUCGACCAGCUGCUGGACCGGGAGGACGUGACGUUGCGGGAGCUCAUGGAGGAGGAUGAUGUCCUGCAGGAGUGCAAGGCCCAGAACCGCCGGCUGCUGCUCUUCCUCUCCCAGGAUCACUGCAUGACAGAGCUGGUCAACCUCAUCACCACAGAGCCCCCUGCUGACUUAGAGGAGAAGAGCCGCUUUAAGUUCCCUAACAUCGCCUGUGAGCUCUUGACAUCAGAUGUGUCCCUCAUCAACGACAAGUUGGGCGGGGACGAGUCACUCCUAGAGACUCUCUACCACUUCCUGGAGCAGGAACCGCCCCUCAACCCGCUACUUGCCAGCUUCUUCAGCAAGACCAUCGGCAACCUCAUCGCUAGGAAAACAGAACAGGUAAUUUCCUUCCUGAGGAAAAAGGAUGGCUUCAUCGGCCUGGUGCUGAAACACAUCGACGCCUCCGCCAUGAUGGACCUGCUGCUUCGCCUCAUCAGCUGUGUGGAGCCUGCCCCCUUGAGACAGGAGGUCCUCAAUUGGCUGAGCGAAGAGAAGCUUAUUCAGAGACUCACAGAGCUCAUCCACACAGGCAAAGAUGAGGAAAGACAAUCAAAUGCGUCCCAGACGCUUUGUGACAUCAUCCGCCUUAGUCGAGACCAGGCCAAUCAGAUGCAGGAGAACGUAGAGGCCGACCCCUUAUUGGCUGUUCUAGAGUCACAGGAGAGCGUAGCUGGGCUCCUGAAGACCAUGUUUGAGGGGGAGAGGAGUGAGGCCUCCAUUGUUAACGGAACUCAAGUGCUACUUACCUUACUGGAGACCAGGAGGUCCGGGUUGGAGGGGCUGAUGGAUCUCUAUUCUCAGGGAUAUGAAAGGUCUUACACUGUCAACAGCAGUAUUCUACAUGCCAUUGAGCCCCAUCUAAAGGACUUCCAGCAGCUUCUCCUGAACCCCCCCAAGAAAAGUGCAAUACUGACAACCGUUGGCCUUCUGGAGGAGCCGCUGGGGAACGCCCGCCUUCACGUGGCCCGGCUAGUGGCUGCCCUGCUGCAGACCAGCGCCCCCAGUGUCUGUCAGGAGCUCUGCAAGCUCACCACAAUGGACCAGCUACUGGACCUGUUCUUCAAGUACUCAUGGAAUAACUUCUUGCACUUCCAAGUGGAGCUGUGUGUGGCGUCCAUCCUGAACCACUCUGUCCCAGAGGAACGGCCCAUCCCUGGCCUCCAGAACCACGAGGAAGAGAAGCCCCCAGCAGGCCCAGAGAACCAGGGGGAGGCAGUAGGUGAGGCUGGGGAGCCAGCCAAGGCCAGUGACCCGGUGGAGGAGACCACCCUUCACAACACCCUGGUGGCACAUCUCUUCCAGAAGUGUCGGUUGGUACAGAGGAUCCUGGACGCCUGGGAGGAGAACGAUCAAAUACAGGCGGAGGGCGGCGCUAGGAGAGGUAACAUGGGUCACCUGACCAGGAUGGCCAACAUGGUGGUACAGAACCUAGAGAAAGGACCAGUCCAGUCCCAGAUCAGUGACCUCAUCAAAGAGUUGCCAGAGGACUGCAAAGGACGCUGGGAGAGCUUUGUGGAUGAGACCCUGAGAGAGACCAACAGGAGAAACACAGUGGAACUGGUGAGCACCCAUAACCUGCACUCCUCCAGUGAAGAUGAUGAUAUGGAGAGUCCCUUCCCCAACGAUCUGUCACUCCAACAGGCUUUCUCAGACUAUCAGAUCCAGCAGAUGACUGCCAACUUUGUGGAUCAGUUUGGGUUCAACGAUGAGGAGUUCAGUGAGCAUGAUGAAAACAUCAAUGCCACAUUUGACCGGAUUGCAGAAAUAAACUUCAAUCUAGAUGCUGAUGAUAAUAGUGCCAACGCUACUGCCUUUGAGGCCUGCUGUAAAGAGAGGAUACGUCAGUUUGACGAUGCUGAAGAGGAGGAGGACAUUUGGGAGGAGAAGGAGAUUAACUAUGCAACACAAGUCAAAUCCAGAACACGGUUUGGGGUGUCCCACACCUCAGAGAGCAGCUCCAGAAGCAGUCUGGAGAACGGGGGUCGGGAGCGGGACCGCGGGUCGGGCUCAGACGAGGACGACGACUCCAGACAGAGCGCCUCAGAUCCAGGCAGCCUGAAGGAGAGCAAGGACAACACUCCCAGUACGCCUGGCAGUCAAUCAGCUAUUUGUCCAAGCUGGACAGCGAGUUUCGGGGAAGCUGGGGGUAACUCGUCCUCUCCGGGUCCUGCAGGCUGGGAUUCCCCAGGGGGGAGUGGAGGAGACAAACAAGAGGCAGGUUGGGCCAACUUCACGGAGUUCCAACCUUUCAGCAGCCCAGACGUUGGCCCCAGAUGCAGCUCUCCCGUAGGCAGCAGUGACGCAGACAAACAAGUCAAACCGGGUCCGGACAAGAGUGUGAUUGUGUGUCCAGGUGCGAGCCCCUCUCCUGGUGGUGAGUGGCCGGUGGGUGAAGGUAGGAAGGCUCCCCUCGUAGCCUCAGAUAGCAGCUCCUCCGGGGGCUCCGACAGCGAGGAGGACGACAAGACUGCCGCCGCAACGGAAACCACCAGAUCGGGCGCCAACAAGAAAGCAGAAGUCAUAAGUGAGAACCCCAUCCCUCUGGAAAAACUGUCCCUCACAGACGCCCCCAAGUCCCCCCCAAAGGCACAGCUUGCAGCAGACACACCGCCAGCCUCGACCCCCACCCAUCAGACAGACAACAAAGAGGAUCCACCCCAGUGCCCAGAGAUGCCAGCAGUCAACGGGCCUGUCUGAGGGGCAGACAGUCCUAAACCCCAAACUGGUGUGACAGACUGUGCCAUUUCCAGGGAGACCACCCUCUCCCAAAUAACCUCACUGCAACCUACAGUGUUUUAAUGAAUCACGCUGCCAUGUUAUUGGACCUGGACACUGCCAAUCAGCACCAAUAAUGAGGCGGGACGUGUAAAAGCAACCAAUAGGCAGAACAGUGUAGAGGAAAUUGUCUUCAAAGCCUUUUCUGAUGUUGCUCAUAAGUACGUGUGGUUUUAAUGUAGCAGUGAUCUUUUAAACAACCGAAAUCCGAAAGGAGUAUAAAGUUUUUUUCUGAAGGAUUUGUUCUCAUACUCUUUUCACAAACGGUUGGACCUGAGUGGUAAGGAGCGGAUAGCACAGGUUAACUUAACAAAAUGAUGCCUCAACAAUAAAUACCUUUCUGAAAUAUUUUUCUCCUUGAGAGCUUAAAAGGCACUUAAGCAGCCAUUUUUACUGUACAUUAUAGGACAAUGUUAUGUUCUACACUCAGCUCUGUUGGCCAUCUUGUCUGUCUCUCAGAUCAAGGUUUUUUACCAAACCUGCUCUUUUUUUUUUGUCAUGGAAAAACAUAUCUUUAUUCUUGUACCUCACUAGUUCUGAAUGUUUUAAAGUGUCCAAGGAAAAGGAACACAGUUCUAUAAUCUUCUGCUCAUGUGCAAUGACAAUUAGCCAUUUUAUUUAAAUCAACUUUUAGUGUUGUCGAAAGGAAGACUCAUUCGGUAUAGUUAUGGGCCAACUAAUUUGGAUAUAAACUAAACUCAAGGUUUUGAUUUGUCUUGUGUUACUGCAUGUAUAACCGGUUCUCCGUUGACCUAGCUCGUGAGCUGAGACCUGAUUGUAAUUGACUGUUAUUACUAUCCCCCUUAAAAUCAACCAAACAUGAUCUACCUAUAUUCAAAUAUCUACAUUUUAAAGUAAUUUUACAAGCAAUCUUGAGAUUACCGUGUGUUAAUGUUCCGUUUUUCCCAAAACCUUACAGGGCAGGAACUGCCUUCGCUUCACCCCCAUCUGGUGCAGUCUUCUUGUGAAGGUCAGCGUUGGGUUCUGCUAAAUACUUCAUCUCUCUAGUGCAGGGGUACUCCGGGCAGAGCAAAAUUCAUUAAGUGGUACAUCAACCAGUGUAUUUAGUCAUUUGACACCUAGCAAGUUGUGUGGUUGACCACAUGAAUAGCAAAGUACUUAAAUGGAGAUUUCACUGAUCCAACAAUUGGAUGGAUGACAACCAUAGUGCUUUCACCCAUCCAAUCAUGUCUGAUCACCUUCAGGCAGAGAGGAAGGGGAGGAUGCAUCAGUGUUUCCCUCAUUUUGGGACUGUGACCAGAAUGGAGGUGUGUCUUGAUGCCAAGUUGUUUCAAUCUAAAUAUAUAAAAGUGUGAGCGUAGAACAGAUUAUGCUUUGUGUUACCAAGUUAAUGUCUUGGCCUUACACCCUGUCAUCUCCAUCACUUUACAUUUUGUGAACAUCUUUAAUAGCAUGUUAUCUUGCCUUGGUUAAGUUUAGGGUUGAACGGUAGAUUCUGACCUGACAGCAUUUUCUUCAAAAAAGUUAAUGUUCUUACUUGGCCAGUCUGAUUUCUGUCUGUCUCCUGCCAAGUCUAACAGUGGCUUCAGGAAGGCUAUAUAAAGAGUUCAGAAUGGUGAUCCCUGCCCAUAGCACUGACCAUUAACCACUCCAGGGUGAGGCAGCUCUGGACAACCAUCACCUGCAUGGAUACAUAAUUAGAUCCGUCAUAUCUAUUUAACCAUCACAUCCACCUUCAUACUGGUGCUGUGUCUAACAUAACCAGGGAAUGAGGUAGGUUUUACCUGGCUGGUGCUGUGUCUAACAUAACCAGGGAAUGAGGUUGGUUUUAACUGGCUGGUGCUGUGUCUAACAUAACCAGGGAAUGAGGUAUGUUUUACCUGGCUGGUGCUGUGUCUAACAUAACCAGGGAAUGAGGUUGGUUUUAACUGGCUGGUGCUGUGUCUAACAUAACCAGGGAAUGAGGUUGGUUUUACCUGGCUGGUGCUGUGUCUGAACUCAUGUAGCUCUAAAAUUGAGAGCUUCAUAAAUCAUAACUGAUCAGAGACAUUAACAGUUGUUACAAUCUUGGAAUAAAUAAGAACUUGCGACAGGAAAAAAAAAGGACAAACCAGUGAAUUUUAAACCCACAUUGUUUUUGUUUUAAUUCUAAAAAAUAUAUUACAUGAUUGACAGACCCAGCUCAGAAAGAAACUUCAAAUUAGAAAAAAAAUUAAAACAAAUAAAUAAUAAGGUUAUAUUGUACUGAUCUGAUUAAUGUUGUGGAUAUAAUCUAACCAAAUCAGGAGAGAUUAGUAGACUGCAGAACAUGGGAUGAGCUGGCCUUUAAGUGUGUGUUGAGGUGGGUGGGUGACAUGUUAAACACCCCACCUGUGCAGGUAAGCAACUUAAUGAGAUUCCGUAACUCCAUUCCAGAAAACCCACCUUAACUAGGAAGGCUAGUUCUUGCUCAUACAAACACACCAUUUCCACUCUGCUUAGGGAAGGACAAUGUAAAAAAAGAAAGACAUUGAGGGUUUACUUAUACAACACAUUUUCCAAAAAGUAGUAGCAUUAGUCACGUAAACACAGAAAUAAACAAAUGGCACAUUGGAUUCCUAAUUUUAAAAAUAAGUGGUGCUUUUCUUACCGAGGAGACAAAGUUAAAUAAAUUACUACCAUAAACGUUACAUACAAAUCUGAGUAGUAUAUACAAAAGGAGUUAGACACAAAUCUACAAUUCAAAUUUUAUGUUCAACAUGACAGCAGUAUAACCAUAUUUUACACGGCAAUGUGUGUGCGUCUGUUUUCAUAACUUGGGGGCUCAAAAUGAGGGCUAACCGAUACUGCUCUGUAGCAUAAAAAAACUAACAAUUUACUUAAUUGCAAUCUCACAAAUUCCAGCUAAACAUAUUUUCUCUACAAGGCUCUAACAGACAUUGACUCCUAUGUACAGGCUUAAGAAUAGAAUGUAACAGCCUCUAGCUAAAAACACUGGUUUAGACAGAAGAGCAGCGGCGAGAAAGUUGGGACUCGCUGAAGAAUUACUGUUCACAUAGAUGCAGUUGUUCAGAAGCCAAGCUCACAGACCACCAAACAAAGGCUGAGUAGGUGCACAGAGAGUGAUAUCUUAUCCUCGGACACAUGCUUUUGAGACUUUCAAUGCUAUUAAUUGGCUGCGUAAUUAUAGUUGGGGAUUUGAAUUAUUCUAAGUGCCUUGAACACCCAACGCGCCUCUCUGGUUAAGAACUAUAUUACCGGAAAACAAAAUUGGUUGUUUAGAGCACAUUCCAAUCCAACUGUCUAAUACUUGUCACAUGUUAAAAUCCACUGGCACUUGUAUAACUGAAAUACCAUUUGUCCAACAUUAAACCUGACCAUAGAAACAGAGGGGGGGGGGGGUCGUAUCCAGGAAGUCUGUCAUGUUAUUCAGAUCCAGUCUCAGCACUGUGCCAUGUAGUAAACAGACUAGUCAUCCAUCCCAUAAUCUGUUCUGCCCACAGGCCCCAUCCACCUUUUGUUUUAUCAUUUUGUGCAUAAA